AUGAAAGAGGUAAUCGCUAAAAAGAGACCAAUAGGAGAUGGGUCGGUAACCUUUAAUGAAAAAUGUAGUGCAAUAUCACCAUGUAGGAGAAUCUCAAUCAAGCAGAAGGAUCCUGGAUCUGUCAGAGUCCCAUGCACUAUAAAAGACAAAACUUUUAAGAAGGUACUAAUUGAUUUUGGAGCUAGUGCGAGUUUAAUGCCAGUAUCAAUCUACCAAAGGCUUGGUAUUAGAAGUGUUGGUGAUACAAGGACAAAUUUGAAAUUUGCAGAUCAUUCCAAAAAGAAUGCAUAUGGGAUAGUAGAAGAUGUACUGGUGACAAUAAAGCAAUAUAGUUUUCCAGAUGAUUUUGUGAUCAUAGACAUACCUGAAGAUGAAGAGACGCCUAUCAUUCUUGGUCGACCAUUCAUGCGGACAAGUCGAUGCAAUUUCGACAAAGACCAUGGUACACUAACUUAA